UCCACGUCAAAGCAAACCAAGAUGGCGGCUGUUGUUGAGAAUGUUGUCAAACUGCUCGGAGAGCAGUACUACAGAGAUGCCAUGGAGCAGUGCCAUAACUACAACGCCCGGCUAUGUGCCGAGAGGAGUGUCCGAAUGCCCUUCCUGGACUCUCAGACUGGAGUGGCGCAGAGCAACUGUUACAUUUGGAUGGAGAAGAGACACAGGGGACCAGGCGUGGCCCCAGGACAGUUGUACACCUACCCAUCCCGCAGGUGGAGGAAGAAACGACGAUCCCACCCCCCAGAGGAUCCCCGACUCGUCUUCCCUCCUCUAAAGUCAGAGCUGGACUUGGGGUUAAAGAAGGAUUCCCUGUCCUCUGAUGGCAGCAGUCUGGAGGCCCUGCUGAAGGGAGAACCCCUGGACAAACGGGUUCCUCCGGAGCUCCGAGGGCCUGAGGAGGAGUCCAGUCUGACAGACUACACUGGUGGGGCGGUCACCCCUGCAGCACGUGUCAGAAAGAGAGUCCUGGAGCCAGAUGACUUCCUGGAUGACUUGGAGGAUGAGGACUAUGAGGAGGACACCCCAAAAAGAAGAGGGAAAGGAAAGGGAAAGGGUCGUGGAGUAAGCAGUGCCAAGAAGAAGCUGGACGCUGCGGCGGCUGCGCUGGAGGACAAGGACAAGCCCUACUCCUGUGACAACACUUUCAAACAAAAGCAUAUUUCAAAACCUUCCGAAAGAGUCUGUGGGAAGCGUUACAAGAAUCGUCCGGGCCUGAGCUACCACUACACCCACUCGCACCUGGCUGAGGAGGAGGGAGAGGACAAGGAGGAGCCUGAGGUCCACACCCCCACUCCGCCCCAGCCUGAGGAGCCUAAGACACCCAAGAAAGGUCCAGAUGGUUUGGCGAUACCCAAUAACUACUGUGACUUCUGCCUGGGAGACUCUGCCCUCAACCAGAAGACGGGCCAGUCAGAGGCGCUGCAGUCCUGCUCAGACUGUGGACGUUCAGGCCACCCGUCCUGCCUGCAGUUCACCCCCGUGAUGAUGGCUGCAGUGAAGACCUACCGCUGGCAGUGCAUCGAGUGCAAGUGCUGCAACAUCUGUGGCACCUCAGAGAACGAUGACCAGCUUCUCUUCUGUGAUGACUGUGAUAGAGGCUAUCAUAUGUACUGUCUCAGCCCCCCUAUGGCUGAACCUCCAGAAGGGAGCUGGAGCUGCCAUCUGUGUCUGGACCUAUUGAAAGACAAGGCGUCAAUAUAUCAGACCCGUAAUGUCCCUCCGUCGUGAUGGACCCCCAUCCUCACAUACAACCCUCCCUCCACAGUGAGGUUAUUUCUCUGUGGUCAGUGGAGCGGAGGGGGUGGGACAGAUGACUUGUGAAAAGGGAAACGUACCCCCCCCCCCCGUCUGAAACACGCUUAGGUUUGGUUGUUCUAUGACUGUUACACAGUUCCAAGCUCAAGUGACCCAUGUAGGCUUUUGUUUUCAACUAUUUGUCAAUAUAUCAAACUCAAUGUGUAAUAUCCUGAACUUGACAAUACAUCAAGUAUGUUUCUUUAAAAGUGGCUUUAACCACAAACACAGCUUUUACCAGCCAAAGUACACACAAUCUCACACACACACAGUGCAUUCAGAAAGUAUUCAGACCCCUUCACUUUUUCCACAUUUUGUUAAGUUACAGCCUUAUUCUAAAAUUGAUUUAAAAAAAUACAUUUUCCUCAUCAAUCUACACACAAUACCCCAUAAUGUCUAAAAAACCUUUUGCAUUGUCCUUUUUGCAAAUUUUGUAAAAAACAACUGAAAUAAAUUAUUUACAUUAGUAUUCAGACCCUUUGCUAUGAGACUUGAAAUUGAGCUCAGGUGCGUCCUGUUUCCAUUUAUCAUCCUUGAGCUGUUUCUACAACUUGAUUGGAGUCCACCUGUGGUAAAUUCAAUUGAUUGGACAUGAUUUGGAAAGGCACAGACCUGACGAUAUAAGGUCCCACAGUUGAUGGUGCAUAUCAGAGCAAAAACCAAGCCAUGAGGUCGAAAGAAUUGUCCAUAGAGCUUCAAGACAGGAUUGUGUCGAGGCACAGAUCUGGGGAAGGGUACCAAAAAAUGUCUGCAGCAUUGAAGGUCCCCAAGAACACAUUGGCCUUCAUCAUUCUUAAAUGGAAGAAAUUUGGAACCACCGAGACUCUUCUUAGAGCUGGCCGCUCAGCAAUACUGAGAAAUUAUGGGAGAAGGGUCUAGGUCGGGGAGGUGACCAGGAACCCGAUGGUCACUCUGACAGAGUGUCUCUGUGGCGAUGGGAGAACCUUCUGCAGCAUUCCAUCAACAAGGCAUUUAUGGUAGGGUGGCCAGACGGAAGUCACUCCUCAGUAAAAAGGCACAUGACGGCCUGCUUGGAGUUUGCCAAAAGGCCCUUAAAAGGACUCGGACCAUGAGAAACAAGAUUUUCUGGUCUGAUGAAACCACGAUUGAACUCUUUGGCCUGAAUGCCAAGCAUCACGUCUGGAAGAAACCAGGCAACGCUCAUCACCUGGCCAAUACCAUCCCAACGGUGAAGCAUGGUGGUAGGAGCAUCAUGCUGUGGGGAAGUUUUUCAGCGGAAGGGACUCUGUUAGGGAAAGAUGAACGGAGCAAAGAUCCUUGAUGAAAAACUGUUCCAGAGCACUCAGGACCUCAGAUUGGGGUGAAGGUUCACCUUGCAACAGGACAAGUCUCUGAAUGUCCUUUAAUGGCUCAGCCAGAGCCUGGACUUUAACCCGAUCUGAUAUAUCUGGAAAGACCUGUAAAUAGCUGUGUAGCGAAGCUCCCCGCUCCAACCUGACAGGGCUUGAGAGGAUCUGCAGAGAAGAAUAGGAGAAACUCCCCAAAUACAGGUGUGCCAAGCUUGUAGCGUCAUACCCAAGAAGCUCGAGAAUGUAAUCGCUGCCAACAAAGUACUAAGUAAAGGGUCUGAAUACUUACGGAAAUAUGAUAUUUAAGUUUUUUAUUUUAAAUACAUUUGCAAACAUUUCUAACAAACUGUUUUCACUUUGUCAUUAUGGGGUAUUUGGUUGUCGAUUGGUUGGGGGGGAUACAUUUUAGAAUAAGGCUGUAACGUAACAAAAUGUGGAAAAAGUUAAAUUGUCUGAAGAAUCCGAAGGCACUGCACAUGCACACGACUGCUCCGAAUCCUACUUUUAUUCUGCAAAAUAUCUGUUUUGCGUGGAGAGGAGAGAAAUAGUUGAAAUCAAUUAGCAUGCCAAUGCUAAUGUUGUUUAAGGUUUUGUAUAUUUAUAUAUUUGUAUAGCAUAUUAAAGGUGUGAAAUGAUUUAAAAGCUGCAAUAAUAGGUUGGUUCUGUAGUCUUUGUGUAGUGCCCAUCUUCAAUAUUAAUGAAUAAUCUUCCAUCUCCUGAUGUGGAGGCAACACAGAGUUGGGAAAGCAUAGAGAGGGCCUUACCAUUACUUAGUACCCAUCCAUCUCUAUACCUCAGAGAGAGGAACAGGACCUUGGCGUAACUCUUUUUAAGGAAUUGAUAUUGAGUGUUUACUGCAUUGAAGGAACGUGAGGCAUUGAAGGAAAGUGAGUCAAGUGGUUGCUGGUUGGUUUAAGUGAAUUUGUCGUGGCCAAAAGUUUUGAGAAUGACACAAAUAUUAAUUUCCAGAAAGUUUGCUGCUUCAGUGUCUUUAGAUAUUUUUUGUCAGAUGUUACUAUGGAAUACUGAAGUAUAAUUACAAGCAUUUCAUAUGUGUCAAAGGCUUUUAUUGACAAUUACAUGAAGUUGAUGCAAGCGCCAAUAUUUGCAGUGUUGACCCUUUUUUUCCCCCAAGACCUCUGCAAUCCGCCCUGCAUGCUGUCAUUUAACUUCUGGGCCACAUCCUGACUGAUGGCAGCCCAUUCUUGCAUAAUCAAUGCUUGGAGUUUGUCAGAAUUUGUGAGUUUUUGUUUGUCCAUCCACCUCUUGAGGAUUGACCACAAGUUCUCAAUGGGAUUAAGGUCCUGGCCAUGGACCCAAAAUAUCAAUAUUUUGUUACCCGUGCCACUUAGUUAUCACUUUUGCCUCAUGGCAAGGUGCUCCAUCAUGCUGGAAAAGGCAUUGUUCGUCACCAAACUGUUCCUGACAGAGGAAGAACAAUGAUUCCAAGCACCACCCUCCUUUUGAAGCUUCCAGUCUGUUAUUCAAACUCAAUCAGCAUGACAGAGUGAUCUCCAGCCUUGUCCUCGUCAACACUCACACCUGUGUUAACGAGUGAAUCACUGACAUGAUGUCAGCUGGUCCUUUUGUGGCAGGGCUGAAAUGCAAUGGAAAUGUUUUGGGGGGGAUUCAGUUCAUUUUCAUAGCAAAGAGGGAGGGACUUUGCAUUUAAUUGCAAUUCAUCUGAUCACUCUUCAUAACAUUCUGGAGUAUAUGCAAAUUGCCAUCAUACAAACUGAUGCAGCAGACAUUGUGAAAAUUAAUAUUUGUGUCAUUUUCAAAACUUUUGGCCACGACUGUAUACCUACAGCCAGCAUUUUACCAACAAUAGUUACAUAUUCCAUUGGUAGGCAACACAGGUCCUAGAGAGCUACACUAGUCCUGAACCCGACCCCUUGUUAUGUGUUGGGAAAUGGCUACCGAGCACAGGACUUUGUUUCCCUUCCCAUAACGGCUCAGAAGUCUCAUCCCACCCUGCUCCACUGGGGCCUCACGUGACUGUCAUGAUCUACACUCCCCUUCAGUUAUAGCCACAGGAGGGCAGUAAUGAGCAAUACAAGUGCUACUGGGACUGUCAGGGGGAUAAUGUUAUUGGAAUGAUGGGGGAGCCAUUGGAGGAUCUAGUCAGACAGUGGUGUGUUAACACAAACUGCAGACUGGUGUGUGCACCUGCAUUUGCUAUACUGUAGCAUUUUCCUUAGAGGAAAAAUGUAUUGACAUUGUCAUAUAUAGGUCUACAUUUAUAUCAUUUGUAAGAUGGGCACAAAGGGAUUCUAAGGUGAACCUUAAAGGCACAUUUCUGAAUCAAUUGCAUGUCUGAGUUGUUUGUCUCAUGGAAAGGGAACACCUGUUUUUUUCCCUUGUAUUUUCUCAAUGCCCUUCUCCCCCAAAGCUGGGCACAAUGCUCUCCACAGGUCUGGCACACAAAUUACACUAAUUACAAUUAGCGAAGAUGUUUUUACCUUAACUAGUGACAGUAAAAAACACAGGAUACAUUGACAGACAUGGUAAGAAAGGCAAAACAGUCAAGCAAGUGCAUGAUAAUGUGUGCUAAUGGUAUGCUCAGAUUUGAAUUGAUCAAAGUGUAAAGGGAAGUUGUGUAAUAUAAUUUAGCUAUUCUAUCAUGUUAUAUCAAUAGCCAACUAACAAAUACUAAAGCGUUAAACAAGUAUUUCUCAUGACACUUUUUGGGGUGUUUGUUUAGAAGCGGUUUCCAGGAACAUAACGGCUUUUGUUUUGCCGUCAUAUUCAGCAAUGAUAUUGAUUCAGUUGAUGUAGAACAGUUUUGGGACUUUAUUUGAGUUGUGAAUGAAUAUUGCCUUUAUGGUAGAAGGGUUUUCCCCCCCCCCCCCC